AAUUGUACACGCAGAAUCUCAGUUUAUAUUUAGUGGAAAAGUAUAUAUCGGUACUGCUACAUCGUUUCACACACAACUACAUCAUACUAGUAGUAAUAUUUUGUUUGCUUAAUAAUUAAGCUAGUUCAUUGCUGUUGUGCUGGUGUGGUGGAGAAUUUAGCAGCCCUUUCACUGCACCUAGCGUUAUAACUAAGCCACUAUGAAAUGGAAUAACAACACACCCAUUUGAAAAACGAAUCUAACCCCUCAACUCAGUUGUUAUAAAGGAUGCACCAAAGUUUCCUCUGCCACUUGAGUUUUAUCUUAAAAACAUAUAAUCAUCCAUUUCUUUGAAUUGUAUUGAACUCUUGCUUUCUUUUUUAUUCUUCAAUCAUUCCAUGUCCUCCUGCAUAAGUCUAAGAUUUCCACCUGCUAGAAAGGUAUGGAAGAGCAUUACUUCAAAACUUGGUAAACUUCAUAACAUUCGUAGAUCCAAACCCAUGAAAAAACACAGAAAGAAACUAAACAUCUACACCACUACAAUAACACCAUCUACUACCCGUAUCACCGCAAAGGCACCUAAGUUCGUUGCUACUAAACGUUUUCGCUGCAAAAGGUUAGCAACAGUUAGAAGUGUAUUCAACAGUUUCCACAAAAAGCCUGCACCUGUUUAUAUUGAUAAGCUCUUCAAGGAUCCUCCCUGUGACUUAGUAGGGUAUUUGAAGCCACAGAUAGAGUUUUGCCAACCACGAAUUGAAAAGGUUGCAAAAAAAGUAACAGAAGGAACAAGCAAGGGAUGUGACAAAACAUGCACAUCAGAUGAUAUGUGGGAGUCAGUGGCAUUAGGCUCACCUCAAAUGCAAGGAAUUGAUGAACGAGCAGAGGAGUUCAUUAUCAGGUUUAGACAACAGAUGGCUGCACAAGAGAUGUUAGCCAGAAAUUUGUAGUACGUGUUAUUUUUCUGUUGUUGUAUAAUAAGGUUGAAUGAGGCGUAAGAAGAAAGCAAGAAACAAAAUCUUUCUUGUUUGUUUAGAUAUAAAGAAAACUGGUCUUAGUAUUAUAGGUCUUGUGGAUUAUUAACAAGUAGUUUGUAUGGCUAUUUUAUAAUGUCAAUUUUGUUCAUCA